AUGGAUGAUCGAGAUUGUUCAACUCAGCAAGGUCACGUCCUGUGUCAAUUUCAAAAAGACUCCUCGUGUUUCAUGAACAGUGCAGAAAGUAAUGUGUACAACAAUGAAGUAUGUGAGAAAACCUGUCGAGGAUGUUAUGUAUUUUGGAGAGACGGCGGUCCGACGUUACUUCCUGAGCAAGACCCAAGUUCUAAUUUGCAGAAAACCUGGUUACAAGCAAUGCAAUUUUGCAGUGCAAGAAAAACCAAGCUAUUAGAUUUGACAUUCAUAGGAGAACUAAAAAAUCCAAAAAAUGCCAUGUUUUUUGUACCGAAAAUGGUAAACUGGGCAAGACUAUACCGCACAGGAAUUUGGACAUCGGGCAGAUACCUAAGAUCCGUUGAAGAUGGUCAAUUUAGAUGGGAAACGACGCUGGAAAUGUUUAAAAAUGAUGACAAGUCAAUUAACUUCACAUGGGCCCCCGGAGAACCUUCAGACUCGACUAAAAGGAGAUUAGAAAUUUGCAUAGAGCUAGUUUUGGAACCCUGGGCAAGCUCGAAAGCCGGAGACGCCAUGUUACCAAUGUUGAAAGCUGCAAAUUGCAAACUCCCAAAUUAUUUUGUUUGUUAUGAAGAUGCUCCACAUACUAAAAAUUGUCAUGUGCCACCAAAGAUCGACUACGGUUUCAAAGCCUUACGCGAAACAGAGAGAUUCAUUUACGUAGACAUUCCUCAGAAAAUGGAUGCUGAACAUCGGGAGGACAUUUGCAAAGGAGUCGGUCUGGAGCUUGCCGAAAUUUCUUCAGUUCAAGAUUACAAAACUGUAUCUAAAGCAUUAGAUGAAUGGAAUGCUACCAGCUUAUAUUUUGGCCUUGGCUUGAAUAGUGUUGGAUCAGAAGGGUUAUGGUCAGAAGGCAACGGCAAAUCCCCCAUUCGAUUUCAAGCAUUUGGACCAAACCAGCCACUGUACUACCACUAUUAUGAACCUCUUGACCAUGUCGUGUUCAACAAACACAAAUCUCCAGUUUGGCAAAUGACCGCAAUCUCCGCAAAGGCCGAUACAAAUGUACUGUGCCAGUUCAAUAGAGAAAGUACCUGCAGCUUUGCAAGCAUCUUUAAUUAUAUUCAAAACAACGAACCCAAGGACUACCUCGUCAAAUUAAAAUUCAGUGAUAAUGCAUCACAAGAUGGCAAUAUGUCGUACCACAUUGCCGAUUCCCAGACAACGUGGGAAGAAGCCAUGAGAUUUUGUUGGUCAAGGAGGAUGAAACUUUUAGAUCUUAAAGUGGACAGAAAUCAAGCCCAGAUAAUUUACCAUUUGUUGACUUCUUGGUUGGAACGAGUCGGCCUGGAUGCAUCUGUGGUUCGAUUUUGGACUUCUGGAAAAUAUGUAGAAUCAUAUGCCGACCGACAGUUCCGUUGGGAGACGUUCUGGACAUUUGUCCGACAUCAAGAUUUACAGAAAGACUUGAAUUUAGUUGUUCAACCUCCUCCAAUUUCUACUUCAAACAAAGACCGUUGUGUGACCAUUGGGCUCGAAGGGAUUUCACCAAGAAAAGGAGAAUACAAAGCGAAUUUGAAAACCUCAAAUUGCUUCAUUCCUCAAUUCGUGGUGUGCGUAGAGAAUGAUCACCCAAAUCGACACGAACCUCCUCCAUCGGUUCCAACAACUUCAUCUUUGGCCCGACAAAAUAUUGCGAAAAUAACCAACAAGGAAACUAUUUCUAUUUGUAAGCGACCAAAAAAAGAAAGCGAACAAAUUGCCCAGGCGCAAAUAUUAAAAUGGAUCAAGACCCAUCGCCCCCCGACGCGUUUAAAUUGUGAACCUCAGCCUGCUACAGAGGGAUGAACUUGCAGAUUUGACACAAUACUAGUACUUAUGCAUUCGGCAAAAUAUUUAGUUAGUGACAUGUCACUUAUUGAGAGUUAAGUAAAUGGCAAGGGUCACAAGUAUCAUAUAAUUGGAUUACACUGAAGUUUUAAAAACUAGGAAAAAGUCAUUUUAAAGUUAUUUAUCAAUAUUUAUUUCGAAUAUCAAAUCCUAUUAAAAUUUAUAGGAAAUGCAUAAUAUGUAUUAUACAAGAUAUAUAAUUUCAAAAUUGAUUAAAGUAAAGAACAAUGUCCACUUUGCC